CAGCUCACAUAUUACACGUGUCUCAAUCUGAUUGGACCCGUUAAUUAGGUAUCUCCGUCACUCUUCGCUACAAAUACAACCCACACCCAUACCCUCUUCUCCUCACAAUUCAAUCACCAACCUCAACCUUAUCUCCAAUUCAUUUCUCCACAAUCCCCAAGAUGCAGAUCUUCGUUAAGACUCUCACAGGAAAGACGAUCACUCUCGAAGUCGAGAGCUCUGACACCAUUGAUAACGUCAAGGCCAAGAUCCAGGACAAGGAAGGAAUUCCACCGGAUCAACAGCGUCUCAUCUUUGCCGGAAAACAGCUCGAAGACGGCCGAACCCUCGCCGAUUACAACAUCCAGAAGGAGUCCACACUCCAUCUCGUCCUCCGCCUCCGCGGUGGGAUGCAGAUCUUCGUCAAAACCCUCACCGGCAAGACGAUCACUCUCGAAGUCGAGAGCUCCGACACGAUCGACAACGUCAAGGCCAAGAUCCAGGACAAAGAAGGAAUUCCACCAGACCAACAACGUCUCAUUUUCGCCGGAAAACAGCUCGAAGACGGCCGAACCCUAGCCGACUACAAUAUCCAGAAGGAAUCGACUCUCCAUCUCGUUCUCCGCCUGCGCGGUGGAAUGCAGAUCUUCGUGAAGACUCUCACCGGAAAAACCAUCACUCUCGAGGUCGAAAGCUCCGAUACGAUCGACAACGUCAAGGCGAAGAUCCAGGACAAGGAAGGUAUUCCGCCGGACCAGCAGCGUCUGAUUUUCGCCGGAAAACAGCUGGAGGACGGCCGAACCCUAGCCGAUUACAAUAUCCAGAAGGAAUCGACUCUCCACCUUGUCUUGCGUCUUCGAGGUGGUAUGCAGAUCUUUGUGAAGACUUUGACUGGGAAGACGAUUACUUUGGAGGUGGAGAGUUCGGACACCAUUGAUAAUGUGAAGGCCAAGAUCCAGGACAAGGAAGGUAUUCCGCCGGACCAGCAGCGUCUAAUCUUCGCCGGAAAACAGCUGGAGGACGGCCGAACCCUAGCCGAUUACAAUAUCCAGAAGGAAUCGACUCUCCACCUUGUGUUGCGUCUUCGAGGUGGUAUGCAGAUCUUUGUGAAGACUUUGACUGGGAAGACGAUUACUUUGGAGGUGGAGAGUUCGGACACAAUUGAUAAUGUGAAGGCGAAGAUUCAGGAUAAGGAGGGGAUUCCACCUGAUCAGCAGAGGUUGAUCUUCGCCGGAAAACAGCUUGAAGAUGGUCGGACCUUGGCCGAUUACAAUAUUCAGAAGGAGUCGACUCUUCACCUUGUGCUGCGUCUCCGUGGUGGUUUCUGAAGAUUCAAUGGUUUUAUUUGUGUGAUGUUUCUGUGAAAACUAGUUGUGAUUUCGGUGGCCUUGUUGUGGCGGAUAAAUAAAAUUGUGCUUUGUUAUAAUUCUUGUUUUUAUGCAAUCAAAAUUAUAAACGUAGUUGUUGGUAAUCAUAUUUGGUGUGAUGGUUCUGUGAAAACUAGUUGUGAUUUCGAUGGCCCUGUUGUGGCUGAUAAAUGAGAUUGUGCUUUGUUAUA